AUGGCUAACCCUGAGACUGACGUGAUUAUCAUUGGCGCCGGGGUGUUUGGGCUAAGCACUGCCCUUUGGCUCGCUCGCAGUGGCUACAAAAAUGUUACUGUAUUCGAUCGAUGCGCCUUUGAUAAGAACUACUAUAACCCUGCAGAUGGGUGUGACGGGGCGUCGGCCGACAUCAAUAAGAUUUUUCGAGCAACGUACGGGGAGCAACUGCACUCCCAAGACCUGGCUCUUGAAGCCAGAGAUAUAUGGCUUGAGUGGAAUCAGUCCAUUAAAGAGAGCGAUCCGGCCAACUUACCCAAACCGCUCACUCCUGAAGAUGAGCUUUUGACAAUCUGCGGUGUCUAUCACCUCGCAGAUGGCCCUGAAAUGAUCCCCCGUUAUGUGGACAAUCUGAAAGCAAUGGAAAAGACUGCUCCGAGCUUUCGUGACCUACAGUUCCUCAAGGGAAAUUCUUAUGAUGAAUGGCGGGCUAGUAGGCUAGGCUCGGAAUGGGCUAAAAAGUAUCACCUUUUUGACAAGUUCAAGGGUGGUGCUACGAACGGAUUUCUGGACGCGGGUUCCGGAAUCACCUUGGCUGACAAAGCCUGUGUAUAUGCUCGGUAUCUAUGUGAACAGGCCGGGGUGAAGUUCGUCUUGGGGCGACCUCAUGGUGAACUUGAGGAAUUGAUCACAGAACAAGCUGGUUCUCAAAAGCGAGUGACAGGAAUUCGAACAAAGGACGGCCUGAGUCACUCGGCCGGACUCGUUGUUGUUGCGUGCGGACCUUGGACAUCAUCUGUUCUUCCGGAAGCUCACCGUUCCGUGGAAGCCACGAUGGGAACGGUGAUGUUUGUGGACAUUCCAAAGGACAGAAAAGACCUCAGAGAAAAAUUUCACCCAGACAACUUUCCAGUCUGGCGAUCGUAUGAAGGAGGUGGAUUUCCUAUCACGAAAGAAGGGCGAUUGAAAUUCGGAUUUCGUGCCCGCAAGUUUACAAACUUUCAAGACCACCCCACACAAAAGGAUAUCCGCAUCUCAACCCCGCGAACAAAGUACAGUCCACAGCCGAUCGACACAGUGCCUUCGUAUGGACUGGAGCUCAUGAAAAACGUCAUCGGAGGGUUGUUUCCGGAAUUGAGGGAGAUUGGCUUUACAGAUAGCCGAUUGUGCUGGUACACAGACAGCAUUGAUAAUGAAUUCGUGGUCGACUAUGUUCCUGGCUACUCUGAUUCGCUGUUCAUUUGCUCUGGUGGCUCUGGUCACGGAUUUAAAUUCCUUCCAAUCCUUGGAAAGUACGUCAAAAACCAGCUAGAGCGCGUUCCUGAUCAGUUCACGUCACUUUGGAAGUGGCGUACUGUUGAGGAAGGCCAGAAAUGCAACGGCCUCGAGGAAGGAGAAGCCGGUCCUCGCGAGAUGUCGAAACUCCGCUUGGCAAAGUCCGAGGACUUUAAAUUUGUGGAUAGAGAGAAUACCUUUUACAACCUUUCUUCAGGGCCACGAUCGCGCCUGUGA